GGGCUCGUCCUUUCAGUGUGCCGGAAACGGUUUACUGUCAGCAACGUGCCACCAGUCCACAACCGGUGGGAUUGCCAAACAAAAAAAAGUUAGACAUUGCCCAAUUUCCGGCCGAACCGGCAAAUGCGCUGUGUCCUGUGUGCUAGUGCUUCUGCAAGACGCUCUUGAUGAAUGAUGAACAGAGAAAGUUAGUACGAAUCAACUGACAUACCAAAGCCACAGCCUCUCCUGAGUCCCAACUGCUCCAUCCUCUAAUCUCUCAAUGGCGACGGCGUCUGCGAGUCGGCCCAGCGGCCAUGUCCUUUUGAGUCCCUUUCCCAACUACCAAUCCGCCUCGCUCACCCGUGUCAAGCUCUCCGCCGGCGGCUCGCCGGUGAAGUUUGUCAGCGUCUCGUCUCCUCCAUCCUCUCCCGUGGGCGGCGCCGCCAAGAUCCGUCGGUCCUGUAUGUGCUCCCCGACGAACCACCCGGGCUCGUUCCGUUGCAGCCUCCACAAGGAGCGCAAGCAGGAGGCGGCCCCCGCCGGGAGCAGCUGCAGCAAGCCCGUCUCCCCGCCUUCGCCGCCGCCCAUCGGCAGCGGCUGCUCUAGGCGCAUGGUAAACGUGCUAGCGCAACGCGUCCCCAUGGGGAGCGGGCACUGGGCACGCAAGGCGCUCGCUCCGUCUCACGCGCUGCAGCAGCUUCAGCAGAGGAAGCGCGCCGACCGGUUUCGAGCCGGGCCCAGCCGGCUCUCCGCCGCAUCCAUGGCCGGAGGCCGCGCAGGCGGCAGCAACCAGUAAAAAAACUAGCGUCGACAUGCCAUAGCAGUACAUACUGUACACAGGAAAGAAACUCCCAGAAUAAUUCCGGUCGCUGUAUAGAAGAUCGGUGGGGAUUAGGCCACAAUGCUGGAGUUUUAAGACGAGACCCAAUUCCAUCCCGGCCUGAUCAAUUAGCUAGCUUAUAGUUGUAUAUAGAGUGGCUGUACAUAAAGUGAGCCUCUUAUUUAACUCCGCUGCACAUAGAGUGAGUUCAUCUUCUCUGCUCCACUUGUACAUAGAUGAGCAAUUAGCUGUAUAUAGAGCGGCUGUACAUAGAGUGAGCCGCGUCUUCCUCCUCUCUGCUCCACCUGUACAUAGAGUGAGCUCUGGUCCUCUCUGCCCGCUGUGUAUAGCCCUUGAUUUUUGUUCUGGAUAUACAUCAAUACAUCAUGAGUGAGAAAUAGGAGACACGCAUACAUGCACCUGAUCUGUCCCGUGGCCGGAGGCUUAUCCUGUCUUGGAUGAUUUGUUUGCCAAAACAACUGCUUCCGUUUCUGCUUCUGUUUCUGGAGUGUGGAUGCAUCUCCCCUGUUUCAGUUUUGGAUAAGCUCUGCAAGAGAUCAGUGGCGUCUCUCCGUCGCUUGCUCCCGUCACGCGGCACCCGUGUCCCCGGCCGGAUCAGGCCACCAACCUGCAGCACAGUAGAAAUCCCCCGACUCCGGCGAAGUUUCUGUAAAGUUUCAUGCCGCGGCUGAUGAACUGAGGAGCUCUCUUCGUCCUGCUCGUGAUAUUUUACUGUUUUCUUCAGAUCUGUAGUAUUUUACUGUUCCUUCUAGAGAAAGUGGUAUUUUACUGUUGACCGUAGCGACGGCGGAGCGGUUGGGAUUCCCCAACUCUUCAACUUGCGCAAGAAGAUGAUGUGUGGACAGCUUCUUGAUCGGUUCUGUUUCUUCGCCAGAAAUCAGUCUGUCAGUUUGAUUGGCAACAUGUCUGUCAGUUUGGCUCU